AUGAUUCUGGGUUUUGAGGUAGGGAAUGAGGAGAAACAAAUAAAGGACAUGCCUUGGAGUGACUGUUUGGCUGGAGAAGAAAGCCAUGAAGUGGACAGUUGGGUAACAAGCGGAAUUGCCUUUUCUUUGAAUCCCACGUCGACAGAGGAGUGGAGAGAGGAAGCUUUAGUUGCCUAUAAGAAAAG